CAUCACCGAGCGUAGCAUCAAGACAGCAUAGCCUCAAUUCUGUUCUUGUUUAUAAGGCAGCCAUAUCCGUUGCACUCUUGUGCCGUUGACAUCGCCAUAACGUCGUUCUACCGUCGUGUAACGUGUUUAACCACGAGUAUAUGAUGUUUUCCUCGCUCCCUGUCGAAUUGUUAUGCAAAAUUACCUCUCUGCCCAGCCUUGAAGAAAAAAAGAAUCUGCGCUUGACAUCCAGGAAAUUCUGCGAUCUGGCCACUCCUCUAGUUUUUCAAACGGUCUCUCUCUCUCUGAAUGAAGAACGUCGCUACCAGGAAUGCAUGUCAUUUCUUGAGGCACUGGUCUCGCGCGUUUACUUGGCUCGACACAUACAAACUCUUCGUAUCCAUGGGUCGUUCGACCCACCUUACGGAAAAGGUGGAUUUUGGUAUGAAAUAACGAACGGAAGGCAGCGCGCUAUUCGUUUAAUUGAGAAACGCCUUCUUGGGGGUAUACCGUCUCUUGUUUCCUUGCGAUCUUUGUAUUUCUCUGGCUUUCAUCCGGGAGAGCUGGGUCUGGAUUCAGUAAAUGCCAUAAUGCUCGCUCUCAGCAAUCUUCCACUUCUUUCUGUUCUCAACAUCGGUCUUCAUCAUGGUCAAGCGUCAUAUCUUGACUUCCAUGACCUUGAUAACAUCAGUUUUAAUGGAAAACACGGACUGGACAUCAUCCCUUCCCUUGUAGCCCGCAGUCCAAAUCUUACGCGACUACGUCUGUCAUCCCCUCAUCAAACGAGAGCUGUACCUGAAGCCGCCCUGGACAUCUUCGCCGGCCUUCGUAAAGGAAAGCUCAGCUGCGUAGAGCAGUUAACCUUGGAGGGCGCUCUUACAUUGCCCACACAUGACGUUCCAAUAAUUGUACCGCACCUUCGCCGUUUGACUUCCCUCCGGAUCCACAUCACCGACGUUGCUGAAGAAUUUUGGUCCGCUCUUCGGAUUGAGAUGAUCCAUCUAGAAGACGUAUCUGUGGAUAUUGUGAAUGAUGCUCUUCUGGAGUACCUCGGUUCGUACUCUGGGUCCAGAACCAUGAUGCUUAUCACGGAGCAAGAGGUCGAUCAUGGCUCCCCCGAGUUCUGGCGCAAUAUCCUUCCCAGACACGCUGAUACCCUUGUGGAACUGUACGUUCAACCCAAGUACGCCGGUAGAUGGUGUCUUGAUACUAGGUCACUUGAUGCUAUAAGACAGUGCAAGCGUCUUGAGAUUCUUCGAGUGAAAGUGGACCAGGAGAAACUGGAUGUGAACGAUAAAACCAAUAUAAUAACUCGAAUUCUAGAAGGCCUUUAUGAAUGGCCUUGUCUCACCAAUCUCGAGCUUAUUUCCAUUCAGACGCCCGUCAUCUCUCGUUUACUAAGUAACGAUGAAUUUGAUGCAAUUCGGAAGAUUGUCGUUGCGUUUCGCUGUACCAAUCCCACGGACGGCGCUUUUCGCCUGAAAGUGUCCAUCAGCUACGCUGAUUAUUGUCUAUCGAGACGAAAGCUAGACCCUGGAGUAUAUUCAUUCAAGGAGGUUGAUAUGUAGUUCGACUUCGGGCCUCCUCCCGAUGAGGAGGAAUGACCUGCUCCUU